GUUUACAUUUAAUUAGACGCACUUUAGGCGCCGCUGCAACUUUUCCUCCCUCCCACGCCCACGUAGCAUCUACUAACUUGGCUACGUGGAUAGAAUUGGACGCACAAUAUGGUGUUCGGCUGCUUCCCCUGCUGCAGCCGGACUGGCUACCAGCAAAUAGGGAACACUGGGCCGCGAUUCGGAGUGCGACAUCUGCAGUGCAUUCUGGUCUUCUUUGGCCUGGCCGUGGCCUAUUCCUUGCGUGUGAAUCUCUCCGUGGCCAUUGUGGCCAUGACGGAUCGCAAUGCCAGCAAUCCGGACUUUCCUGAGUUCGAUUGGAACGAGAGUGUCAAGUCCUAUCUGCUGAGCAGCUUCUUUUGGGGCUAUGUCGUCACCCAGGUGCCAGGUGGCUAUCUCUCGGCGAUCUAUGGUGCCAAGUAUAUGCUCUUCUUUGGAGUGUUAAUAUGUUCCUGCCUCGCCCUGCUGACACCCUUUUGCGCCAUCACGGGCGGCUGGAAGACUGUCGUCGUGCUGCGUGCCGUCCAGGGUCUCUGCCAGGGCGUCAUCUUCCCCUCAACGCACACAUUCCUCUCGAAAUGGGCGCCCACAGAGGAGCGCGGUCGACUGGUCGGCUACAGUUACUCGGGCUCUCAGUUCGGCACCGUGGUAAUGCUCUCGGUGAGCGGCUAUAUUGCGUCUUCCUCGCUGGGCUGGCCCAGCACCUUCUAUGUGCCCGGAUGUGCCGGCAUCUUGUGGUCGUUUGUGUGGUACUUUUACUGCUCAAGCACUCCGGCCGAGCAUCCAACGAUAACGCCAGCUGAGCGUCGCUACAUUGAGUCCUCUGGCCAGACUCGCCGUCCAUCGGAUGUGGGGCGAGAGGUGGAGCCACGGCCGCGCACGCCCUGGCUACGCAUCCUCACUUCGGGACCGUUUCUGGUGCUCGUGCUGGCUCACUGUGCCAACAACUGGGGCUUCUGGACGCUGCUCACAGAGAUUCCCACGUUCAUGAAGAGCGUCCUGGGCAUGGACAUCAAGAGCAACGGACCGCUGUCCGCGCUGCCCUACUUCGCCAUGAUACUGCUCACGUGCGUGUUCAUCUGGCUAUCGGAUGCAAUGAAGCAACGUGGCACAAUCCUGCCACUGGGCUUCUCCCGCAAGUUCUUCAAUACGCUGGGCAUGUGGCUGCCCAUGCUGGCGCUUAUCGGUCUCGGCUACAUCACCGAGGGCGAGGCGAAUGUUCGUCUGGCCAUUGCUCUGCUCACCCUGGCAGUGGCCACCAAUUCGGCCACAUAUCUGGGCUUCCACGUGAAUCACAUCGAUCUGGCGCCCAACUAUGCAGGCACUCUGAUGGGCAUCACGAAUUGUGCGGCCAAUUUUAUGAGCAUUCUGGCGCCGCUGAUUGUGGGUUUGAUUGUCUGGGAUGAGAGGAAUCCUGCACAAUGGCGUAUCGUUUUUUUCUUCACCGCUUUUGUUUACUUUAUGGGAAAUCUGCUCUUCAUGCUCCUCGGUCGGACGAGUGUGCAAGAUUGGAACACGCCAACUAGAACGCCAACGGCAACAAGUGCCGCGGAGCAGCGAGAAGACGUUGCUGGGGAUCGGUCGCCGCUUAUCGAAGCUUGAGAGAGCGAAGAUGCAGCUGGGAAUUGGGUGCUGUGAAGCUGUGAAAAACUCUUGUACCUUGAGGGGGGAAGUGCAUUCCAUGGAAUUGAUUGAUCGUAUUAAUAGCUAUACACAUGACUACAGAGACAUAUACAAGGAUAUACACACACUAUUUAUAUGUACAGAAAUCAUAUACAGAAUCCGAACAUACUGAAACUCA